AUGAUAACGCAAAUCUUCUUUCUUGGACUUCUGCUCAGUGUCAGUGCGAAAUUGAUAAGUGUAGAAGUAAGUGGAUUCCUUCGCUGCGAAAAUGAUCCCAAUUCCCCAAUCACCGUCGAACUGUGGGAGGAGGACGUUUUCCAAGAUGACCUGCUCAAAUCGACUACUACAGGCAAAGAUCAGCAUUAUGAAGUGCGUGGAACAGAGGAUGAAUGGUUUGACAUCGAGCCCUACCUCGUCAUCCGACAUAAGUGUCGCGGCGUGAAUAAGCUCUCACAUAAGCCUCUUCAAAAGUCUGGUGUUGAAGUCGUGACUAACACGACUCGUAAGGCAUACAUGUGGAAAACUACUGAGCCGUCCAAGCUCUAG